CUUCUUUGUCGCUUUGUUGUUCUCAUUAUUGUCAAGUCGUCUUUGUCAUUCGACCUCGUCCCCUUUGCUCUAUUCGCCCUAUCGUAGGUCAAAUACUUCCUCCACCCUUUAUCCUUUGGUUCAGAAAUGGUGUGCAAACCAUCCAUAUUACUUCCGGUACUGGUCGCCAUGGGCUACUUCAACUUAGUCAAGUCGCAGCUAAUGACCCCCCAGAUUCUGUCGGCCGUUAUCGACAUGAACAAUAUCCAGGCGAAUUUCAUCUUUGCGCCACUGGCCGCCGGAGGUGCUCAGGUACUUGUUAAUGUCCAAAAAGGCCUUUCCCAGUCCUUUGCAAUUUCUCCAACAGGUGGUUUUGAGUACCAUAUCCAUGUCAGCCCUGUGGGGCUUAACAACAAUUGCUCAACCACUGGCGGCCAUUUGGACCCCACUGACGUUGGAACUGCCAAGUGUAACCCAGCCAAGGCAGACAAGUGCCAAGAAGGGGAUCUUUCAGGCAAACAUGGGGAGUUAAAGGCUACGGAAUCCGGUUCGGUCCCCACGAUCUCGUACGUGGACCCCUAUCUCCAGUUUUCCGAAGAGGCAACGACAAUCGCUGGUCGAUCGAUUGUGAUUCACAACAAUGGCACGCGAGUAGCCUGUGCCAAUAUCUUGCCCGUUGGAGGUACGCAAGGAUCAAGCAGUGGAUUCACUACUAUGUCAUUGGGAAGCCAGACGGUCAGCGAUGGACCGGAUGUUAAGGCUUCUCAACGCACGAAUAAUAGCAGUCGAAUUGUUGCUAGAUGGAAUGUGGCGAUAGUUACAGCAGGGGCCGUGGCCACCAGUCUUUGGAGGCUUCUUUGUUAUUUAAACAGCGAGUGAAGAGCUCGUGGAAGGCCUUAUCAAAGGAUAUUAAACUGGCGUGGGACUAUUAGAGCUAUCUCUCCUUCGAAUCAAGGA